GUUUGCUUGACAGACUUCACCAACCAAUGGUAGUCAGGGAACUGCUGAGGAUUCAGGGGGCUCAGAGGGGGUCGAGAAUGCAGGGGAACCAGAGGGGGUCGGGAAUGCAGGGAAACCAGAGGGGGUCAGGGGGAACUCUUAACUGGCUCCAGAGGGCCUGUGGGGGCCUUCUGUCAGACAGGCUGAUGAAAGAAGAUGGCGUCCAUUCAGUGUUAGUGGGUAUACUUGGUGCCACAGCAGGUAAGGGGGUGGGGUCGGGUUGCCAUGGUGAUUGGAAGAGGGUGCAGGCAGUGGCUAAGAUCAUAUCUCGCUGCCCAUCACAAGUCCCUUCUCUCUCCCACUACUACUCCAUCAUUGGACCUCAGUUGCUGAAGUUGUUGAGUGUGGCGGGGAGGGCCACUGUGCAGGUAUCAGCUGCCACACUAUCUCUGAUGAUAAAGACGCAGCCAGCUCUAACACGUAGCCACGUCGUCCUCCUCUCACUGCUCCCCUCAGAACCAUAGCUGCAGGUGGUGAUUUUAGUGAGCCGCCCACUGAUCUUGGUAAAGCUGUAGAGUUCACUGUUGCAAGCCUUCAUAGAUUGUGUGGUAACGUUGAGCCAUCUUCGCCACUGAUGCCAGAGCUCCACCCUUUCCUUCCACUCAUCUUCAAGAUCUGGCAGGCCACCAAUGAAGCCGGAAAGAUCUCCAAAAAAUUCAAGUCUGAUGUGGAGUCGGUUUUGGUCACUAUUAUCAACUCUCUCGACUCGAUGGACAAAGUGCAGUUUUUGAGGCACGUGGCAGGCAUGCCACCAUCCACAGCUGGUGGAGUAAAGUGGAUAACUGUGUCGCCUCAGGUUACACUGACUUAUCCAUCUGAAGAGAGGGGACUGAGAGUGGGAGUUGGGGAGGAGGGGGAGGUGUGGAGUGUGGAGAGAAUGGAGAGAGAUGGACGGGCAAUCAUUGACUUUGGUGGGUGCAGUACUUUGCUCCAGUCAGCUCAUUGGCCCGUUCUUUAUGGAGUGCCUAACGUGUGUAGUGGCCAUUCUGUGUACAGAUCUCGGCUACCAGACACAAGUUUCGAGGAUUAGAACAGAAAUAAAGUCACGCUCAUCGGUUGAAGAACAUCCAAAAUCAUCGGAAACGUCAGCCAGUUCAGUUCUACUGGAUGUUGAGAGGAGGUCUGGCGAGGUGACUCGGGAGGAGAUCGUACCGCCGUUCCCUGGCCCUCUACCUCGCGGCAGCUCUGUUAGAGGAGAGCACCAGCCACGUCGUGGAGCAGACCGACACCACGGCACUCCUGGAGAUACUAGCAGUAGCCGUGGAGUGCCACUCCCACAUCGCACCAAGAACAAACGAGUCUUUGUCUUCGUCAUCUCCAUCUGUCAACUGCUGGUGGUUGGGCCAGACCUGAAUCACAUGCUGGGUGGACCGAUCACUCUUAGUAUAGCUCUGGGCUACCUCUCUGCCAUUCUCACUGGAGCCAAUCAGCUGGAUAAGGAGCAGAGAGGUGUACUGUCAGGUCUGCUGACAGCACUGGAGAUUGUAUCAACUGGCUACCCUGACAUGGAGCUGGCAGCCCUGGCUGGAGACCUCAGGGUCUGCAUUGCCACUCUCGGGGCUGUCUGGUCGGGGGAGAUGAGGGAGAUGGCAGAGGGGAGGAAGGGAGGAGUGAGGGACAGAGCGGUGGCUGAGUUACAGAGAGAGUCUGAGGAUGCUCAGCUGGUGAGUCAGAGAGCCAGUGACAAUAGCGCCAGGGAACUUGCUGAGAAUGAAAAACCUGUGAGAAAACUGAUUCAAGAGAUCCCAGAAACCAAUAGCAAAUGUACCUCAUCCCAACAACAAGAAGAGAUUAACGAAGAAGAAGGUGGAGGAGAGAAUUCAAGUAGAUUUCAGAAAGCAAUGGUGGAAACUCAGGACCCAGCAAUACCAGUCAAAGGCCACGGGCUGUCUUCGCUGGCAAGACUUGUCACAUCUGGCGACAGAGAAACCUUGGCCCACUCUGAGCGUCUUCUGCAAAUCUUUAGAGACGCUCUCAGUCACUCUGACUCUUAUAUCUACCUGCCUGCCAUAGGAGGGUUGGUGGGGCUGGCCUCCAGGGAACCUCAGAAGGUUCUGACCAUUCUCUGUGAGGGGUACGCUCUAUUCAGCGACUCACAGCCGCGACAGAGGAUGGGAUAAAGUCGACAAACAGACCGGGAAACUGAACGUGAAUAAGAAACACUUUCUGAGCAGUGCGGAAGAACUGGUUCAACAGGAGUGUGUGUUGAACUGAGGUUGAAGCUGGGCGAGGCGCUGGUUCGAGUGUCGCGGGAGUGCGGGGAGUUGCUGCCUCACUACUCAGACCAGCUCCUGGCUGCAGUGUUGAGCAACUCUCGAGACCCGCACCCUCUGGUGAGAGCCAGUGCCCUCUCCAACCUGGCAGACAUCUGCAGGCUUCUGGGACACUCAUUCCACAAAUACCACCAUGAGGUUCUGGGCUGUGUGACUCAGCUGCUGCAGUAUGACCACACCCCUCAAGUCCAGCAGUCGGCGCUCCUCGUCCUGACUCUCUUAUUGAAGGGGCUGUCUCAUCAGACAGUGGAGGUCCUGGGAGAAUCUCUGCGUGACGUGUAUCGUCUCCUGAAGACAGUGGAGAGGGAGAGAGGGAGAGAGGAGCUGACCAGGGAUCAUGCCAGGGCAGCUCUAGCUCAGUUGGAGGAGAUCAUGAGAGACUGGGCAUUUCCUGCACCUUCACUCUCCAAGAAUAUUACUGUACUAUGACAUUCCCACCGAGCUUG